ACCGGUCGUCGGAGCUGGAGAGAGAGGUGCAGGAGCUGAGAGCACAGCUGAGCAGGACAUCUGUCCUCAGUGAGGUGGACGAUCUCAGGAGGACUCUGGAGCUCAAAGACCGAGAGAGAACACAGCUGUGCAACCAGGUCGAGGUGUUGUCGUCAGACCUGGCGAGGCGCGAGCAGCAACAGUUGAGGAUGCUGGAGCAGUUGAAGGAGAUCCAGGGCCGCUCGGAGUUGUGUGCUACCGAGAGGGCCCGGGCCCUGCUCAGGGCUGAGGAGGCUGAGGCUCGGCUCCAGGACAGCUCCACGAGGAGGGAGGAGCUGAAGACCAGUGCCCAGGAGGCAGUCAGACAGUGGAGGGCCAAGUGCAAGAGGAUGGAGAGGGACAUGGAGGAAAUGAGGGCACAGGCCCAGCUGGACACGGAGAAAGCCAAACAGGCGUGUAAGGAGAGAGAGCUGUCCCAGGCCCAGCUGAAAGCCUUCUCCCAGCAGACUGAAGGGGUGCGCAGGGAGCUAGCGGAGGUGCUGGGGCGUCUGGCUCGGAGCGAGGAAGAGGUGCUCCGGAAAGACGUGGAGCUGUCGGAGACUCGGGCACGUCACCUGGGCCUAGAGCAGCAAGUGAGGGAGGCCUCCAUAGCCCUGGAGGAGGAGGCCCAGCGGCAGUCUGUCCUGCAGGUUAGGCUGAGAGAGGAGAACCAGAGUCUGGAGGAGAGGGCUGAGGCCGUGGCCCGACGCAGCCAGAGAGACCAGGAGGAGUUACAUAGCCUCCAGACAGCCAUGAAGGAGUUAACCUCCGCCCGUGCCCAGCUCACCACCCGUCUAGCUGAGGAGGCGGCGCUCAGGACGGAGCUCCAGAGGAGUGGGGCGGAGGGGGCAGUGCGGCUGGCCGCAGCCCAGGAGCUGAGGGCUUCCCUGGGGCAGCAGCUGGAGCUGGAGAGGGAGGUGCACCAGAGGGAGCUGGCCAGUCUCAGAGCCACUGUGCAGAACGGCAGGACCAAGCAGGAUAGAGACAUACAGGAGACACUACGACUCUGUAUGAAGGAGAGGAAUGAGAUGGAGCAUCACCUCAAGGAGAUCAAGGCGGAUGCCGCGUCGGACAAGGAGCUGGUGAGGGCUCUGCGUGUGAAGCUGGACAGGAUGAAGACUGAGUGUGACCGGAUGACAGAGGAGCUGAGCGAAGGAGAGGAGCAAUGCUCACACCUCCGCAGGAAAUACCAGCUACUCAAGCAGGAGCUGGACGACAAGGUGAAGUGCAUGGUUCAGGGAGAGGAGCGGAGGCGUGGGUCAGAGGAGGCUGUGGCGACACUAGAGGACAGACUGUCUCGUCUGGACACUGAACAGGAGUCCAUCCUCAGUUCUGUAGCAGAGGAGAUAGAUGCUGCCUGCAGAGCACUGUUCAAGGACUCCCAGGACAAACUCAAAGCCAUAUCCCUCAAUCCUGGACUCCAGAAAGACCCUCAUCGCUGGUUGGCUGAGACUAAGACCAAGCUGCGUUGGCUAUGUGAGGAGGUGUCUGUCCAUGAGGCCAGAGAGAGAAAGCUGCGUCGGCAGGUCCAGCAGGACAGAGAACAGCUGAAAGGACUGAGACAGAGCAGAGACUCUGAAAGACAGGCCCUGCUACAGAGACUGGACCAGCAGGAGAAACUACUCCACUCCAUCAGCACAGAGAAGAAAGAACUCCUGGAGAAGACUCGGAGGAAGGAAAAUGAGAUGAGAAGUCUUCAGGAUCGUAUCUUGGAUCUGGAGAUGAGCACCAGGCUGGCGGUGGAUCACCUGGAGUCAGUCCCUGAGAAGCUGUGUCUCCUGGACAACUUCAAAGACCUGGAGGAGUCUCAGCGGCAGAAGGAGGUGGUGGAACAACGUUACAUUAAAUACAAAGAGAUCGUUGGAGUCCUGCAGCACCAGCUGGAUGAGUCCAAACGACAGAUACAGGAGUGCAGGGAUAACAGGUUGGACGCUACAACGCAAAGCAUUCGAUUGACUGCUCUCUCCUCCUCCAUAAGAGGCCCGAGCUCUCUCCUCACCAGCUCCAUGCUCACUGACCCCACGUCUCCACACAAACACCUGGCCUCUCCAGACUGCACCCUGGACUAUGGCCGUUCUCUGAACCGCCAAGCCUCUCCUGCUGUCAACGGGGCCCACCCUCACUCCAUCUCCGACCACCGCAACAGUAACACAUAGUGCCCACCAUCAGGGAUUCACACGGGUUACAUGCAUGUAUUCAUCUACAAGCUUUUCAUUAUAGAGUUGAAUAGAGGGCUCACACGGAAGUGCGUUUUAACAGGGGUAUAGAGGCGAUUAUAGCAAAGAUAGUGGUGGGCCCUCUUUUUAACUCUAUGCCUUACUUGACAGUACAAUCGACCCCCAUCUCUAUGCAGUACUGUGGUUGCAAAGCAUCACCACAACAGUCUUCCGCCAAAAAACAGCCAACCCUUCCCAAGCUGCGUGACUAGCAGCCAACCUAGAAAACAGCUAGCGUGAAGCCGAGCAUACACACUAAGUGCGAUUGUGAUAAGAAAAGCAGGGUCAAACCUAGUGGAAGGUUCAUAGCACAUAGCUUGGGGUAUCUUAUAAAAGAACCACCAAAUUUAGCACUGUGAAAGAUGAUUGCAGCUUUCUUUAUAAACUGAUAUUUAUGAAGAUUUUCCAUGGAAUGUUACUUUGUGCAAAGAAAGCAGGCACAGCUUAAAGAAGACAUGAAGUUUGACUGAAAAUAGAUUGAAAAACCAGCCAUAAAGCCAACGUAGGUCAACAUUCCAACAGGUCUCAUACUAACGUUCCAUGUGAAUACGUAUUUCAACACUCAAAACACUUCUCUGAAAAACACUGUUUAAAGCCCCAGUGUUUACCUUUUUGUGACAGGCUUUGUACUCUGCUGUUAUCAUGCCAAUGUGUUUCAUCUGAACAGAUUAGACGUGAUGAUUAUAUUUAUGCUGACAUUCUGUGAAAGUUGUGCUGCCUUUCUAACUUCAUGUAGCCUAUGCAUUAACAAUAUAUUCUUAUUCUUUUCAACAGACUUGACAAGUCACAAGUUUGUUUUUAUGUGGAGUGUUUUUACCACUACCGUCUUCUUUGUAUUAUUUGUGAAGAAGAAAAAUGCCAAUAAGCUCAAUAUAUGUAUAUUUUUAUGAAAUGUAGACAAGAAUAUAUGCAAUAAAGAAAUCUCCACAGAUCUGUAAGGAUCGUUU